CAAACACACUUGUCAUCACAAAAUAAUCAUCGGAUUUUUUGUAAAAUUGUAAUAAUUGCUGUAAUUAAAUUAAUUAGUGAGAAAUACUACUAACGGCGUAAUAUUUAUUCGUAUCAUUUAAACAAAAGUUAAACCAUGUGUGUUUUUUGUUAGAAAACUAUGUAAUUUUUAAUGUAAUCGGGAUGUCUGCAAAACCGACGAUUUACCAUGAAAAACAAGUUAAAGAGCUGUGCGCGCUGCACGCACUUAACAACUUAUUCCAGGUGCGCGGGACGUUUUCGAAGAACGAGCUGGACGGGAUCUGCAGCCGGCUAUCGCCGAACGUGUGGAUCAACCCGCAUCGCUCCAUGCUGGGGCUGGGCAACUACGACAUCAACGUGAUCAUGGCGGCGCUGCAGCUGAAGGGCUGCGAGGCCGUGUGGUUCGACAAGAGGAAAGAUCCGGGCUGCCUUGACCUAUCAAACAUCUGUGGGUUCAUUCUGAAUGUGCCCUCAGACUACAAGUUUGGCUUCGUGAUGCUGCCCCUGCGCCGUCGUCACUGGAUUGCCAUCCGCCAGAUCCAGGGGAACUUCUACAACUUGGACUCCAAGUUGGAUGCACCACAGCUCAUUGGAAGAAGCAGUGAUCUCAUAGCCUACCUAAAGCAACAGAUGGAGUGUAAAGAAAAAGAGCUCUUUGUGGUUGUAAGCAAGGAGGUAGAAGAAAAGCAGCUCUGGAUGAACCAGUUCACCAUCACCUCGCCCACCCACAACCCGCCACUCAACCACUGUGACAGCCCGGACACCAUCUCCGAGUCCAGCAACCCGUAUGAGUCUAAAAAUGAUAGUGUGGAGUGUCUUCAAAUUCAUGAAGUGCGGAACUGUUCUUUGGCAGUUAAUGACUUUUAAAGUGUACUUCUUUCCAUUAGACUGAUAGUGUCGACUGUGUGGUUCUGGGAAAAUUGAACCGUAAUUGAUUAAAUUGUUGUUUACAAUAUUAUUAAUCCAUUUAUUUCGCGUUUUUCCGUUAUGGAAACGAUUUUUAAAGCAUGUGUAAUUGUGUAUAUGUACACACCUGAUAAAAUUAAAAAUAUGAUUAACAUCUGUUUUUUAUAAUUUUAAAGUUGUGCAGAUUAUGAGAAUAAUUGGAUAUUUAUUUUUAAUGUCCAUCAUUUGCCGAAAACUAUUAUUAUAUAUAUUGAACUAUAAAUUGAACAAGGCGCGUUUGAUGUUUGUUUUAAAAAUGUGUGAAAUUUACUCUGGUUUUUGCUCUCUCAGUGUAGCAGUCAGUACAGUUUAAUAAGUCAACUGAAUUUAAUAGUUUGGCCUAGGUAUGUUUAAAAUUUACAUUUGCAAGUUUUAACUUGUUCGUUGCUCAUAUAAUUUGCAUAUUUAUUUCUGUAGUAUGAAAGUCUAAAAUCAAAUGCUAUAACUUAACAGUUGAGUGAAACACUUAAUGCCAUUGUGAACUAUGCCUUAUAAAUGGUAAUGUAAGAUCUGAUUUAGGUCCAGUAGUAAACAUUGUACAUAUUUUUAAAUAAUUUAGGUGAAUCCAUGAAAAAUUCCCAUUAAAAACCAAUAUUCAUUAAUUUAUAAUUUGUAAAUUGAAUCUUUUUUUGGAUCGGAUUUUAAAACCAAACAUAUAACUUACUGGUAAAAAAAAAUGAUUUCGUCAUAAAUCUAGUAUCUCGAAUGUAAUAUACUGUCUUAGAUAUUCGAUACCAAUUACAACCUGUAAUUAAGGGUCAAAAAUUGACACUAUAUUACUAACAAUGCGGCGUUGGAUAACAUAUAUAUCUGUGCAUUUCCAUAGGUAUACAAAGUAUUUAAUUAAAAUGUGAUUCCAAGUCUACAACGAAGCAAAUAUCCUUGCUCCAUAGGUUAACGAUCACACGAGGCGACAGGUAGUUGGAUAGACGUGUGAAGGCUACCCAGUGACACAUUGUUAUUCGUUCACAAUUAUAUGUGUAAUUAAGAAGAAGCCAUAUCCUCGUAUAUUAAAAUGACCAUAUUGUAAAAUUCUUGCUAUAAUAGAUAGAAUGGAGAUACGAAUUUUGGGCGCUUACAAUUUUAAUGUAUUUUAAAACGAUCUAAAUAUUUUACAUUACCAAAAUCGGAUUACUAGCUAAGUAUCCUGGUUUAUAGUCACCAUCAAAUAAAUAGUGACGGCCAAAGUGGCCAAAUAUAUCUGAACACAUCCUUAUUUCUACAGUAACAAAGGCAUGCUCAGAUAUAUUUGUCCACUUUGCCCGUCACUGUCUAUUGGAUGCUAUAUGUACAGUCAAGUGUAAAAAUAUGGGUGCAUACAACUUAACUCCAUAAUAUGUCCCAUAUUUAGUUCUUAAUUCGCCACAUAAGGGCGUCCGCUUGCUGGCGCGGGUGCGCGGAGCGUCUGUCCCACUCGCCCGCGCCAGUUAGCGUCGCUCGCUAUUACAGUAUACAUACAUAUAGAAUCUGUGGCGAUACCUAUUUAUUUUCUGGGUUUGUAGUACUUUACGAUAUUUAUUGUUGUGUUAUUGUGUUGUUUUUUUAAUUUAUUUGAUUUGCACAAUUUUGUUCGGUUAGUUGUAUUAGGAACGAGUUAUUUGUUGGUGUGUGUGUCUGUCAAAGGGUUAAAGACGGUUGUUAACUGCAUUAUUAUGGCAUCCGCGCCCUACUGACGCCCAAUAAUCUGGUGACGACCUUUUACCUCAAAACUGCACAAACAUUCAACUUAGGGCAAAGACACAUUUUUGGGCAACAAAUUUUUGUUUUGUGGUAUGACCAACGUAUCUACAAAUGACGAGUUUCAUUCAUAGUCAGUAUACUCUGGUGCCGCCCAAUGUACAUUGCGAUGUACAUUCCGUUUUAAUCAAACAUGAACCUUCAUUGAAACAAAGUAGCAUUUCUUGUCUCGAAACAAUUUCGAACAAAUUCAACUCAAUUAGAAAUACAUCUAGAUUCUACUUUCCUUAGCUAUCAUUUUGUAUAGUGGGCGACACGAGGAUGACUGUCUUUAUAUGUACAUUAUUUUAGUUUUAUUUUAACGUUAAAUGUGUUACUAUACGACAGACGGCCUAAAUUAAUGUUAUUCGGUUUAGGGGGUGUUUAAGACUAAUCUAAACGUUCACUGACUUCUUUAAGGUAACAUACGAUCAGCGCCACCAAUAUAGGAGUAUUUGAAUCCUCUAUAACUUCAUAAUUUUGAAAACGUCUUUUAUUUUUUUGACAUCUGACUUAUUUGAUAGCGAUACAAACUCAGGAUGGUCAGUAGUAUUUUUAUCUUAUAUAACCUGUGCCAAAAACAUAUUCUUUAGUUUACUUUUCCACCCACACCCUAGCACAGAUCCACCGCGAUACCACGACGCGCGCGCUUGUGCUAGGCUGACACAUAUGGAUCUCGACGAAUAUUUCCUAUAAACUCCUAUAUUUGAUGAUGAUUGUACAAGCGGCUUAAUUUUUAGCACUUUCAUUGAACCCAUUCAAAUUAUUUUUUUAAUUAUUUACAAAUGGCAGUGAAAGUGUUAACAGUGCUGCGACAAUAAUGACUUAUUCAUGUCUUAAAUUAGGGAUAUUGUGAAUGAUAUUCAUUCGUCUUACCUUGCAAUCUAUCAGUAUAUAAUAAGUAUUUAGAUUUAAAGCAUAGAGGGCGCUGAAAAUGGGCUCCCAGUUGUUCUAUUAGUAUAUUGAAAACUUUAUACAUUAGAGUUUAAACUUGAACACCAAAGCUGCACUAUGGCGACUACUGGAUGGGUUAUAAUAUCUAAUUAAUUAUACUUAUACCUGGAAAGAUUGGCUAGUAAAAAAAUUACCCUGUAUACAAAUCACCUUGUAUAAAAUAUGAAGAUGCCAUGUCUCCUUGUGACUAUACUAUCCGCAAACCAAACUGACGACCGAGGUCUUAUCUCUAUCUCUCUCACUCGUGCCAUGACGACGUAAGCAUGGAUGAAAAGUUUUACGACCCCGGUCGUGAGUUUGGUCUGCGGGUAGUUUAAUAGAUGGCGCUCCUCUCUAAUCAACAACAUCUAAAACCACAGGAAUUAUACACUGUAUACGAACUGACCACUCAUAUGCACUUUAUUACAACUAAGUAAGGUCUACUAUUGGUUGCCAUUUAUGGAUUUUAUGGCUCUUGGCCCCCUAUUUCACCAACUUGACAAUUUACACCUUACGCUGAUUUCCUGUACAUUUAUGGGUCGGUAAGCAACGACUGUGUGAAGCGUCAAUAUUUACAUUUUGGACCAGCAAUGUAUGGUGAAUAGUCAGUAUCAGGCGUUAUCAGCUUGAUGAAACAGGGCCCUGGUUGCCAGGGUACUAAUAACGACUGGGAUCUGUCCGUUGCAAUAUGAGCCUUAUGCGGUAAUGUCCAAGGCACAACACCAAAUGCAGCCGCACGGCUAGGUACAAGCAAUAAAACCAAAUAAAUAGGAUAAUUUAAUGUAACACAACUUUAUACGCACUCGUUGUAUCUACUCUUUUUGAGUUCUUUUCGGUCUUUUGAUGAUCCAAAUAUAGGCGUUAGUUUUCAAGCUAGCCCGUACCUCUAACUCUACCCGCAAAACCCGUACCUCUUUUCUAUUGUAAUUAGGUAUGUAAAACCGCACGUGCUAUACUAUACUUACCUGCAGGAAAAAAGAUUCGGUCAUUGGCGUAUAAUUUUAAUUGGUACCUGAGCGUGGGCUAGUCCAACGCUCAAAGAACCAGUGUAAGUGCGCUCUCCGGUAACGCGCCUUUGUUACGCAUCUCGAUUACAAAUUUAGACUGGUUCCGUAGCGUUCGACUCGCCGGCUCUCAGUAACCGUAGAGGGAUAACACAGCCUCGGAAAACAUUUUUUCAUUUUGAACCUUAUUGCUAUUUCCAUAGGAGUUGUACUUCAGUAACCGGUUAAAGUUAUCGAACCUUUUUUAUUUAUUUAUAUGUGGCACGUGUGACGUGCGGUUUUAAUUACAAUAGACAAUCAGUUAGCCGUAAGGGCCAGCUUGAAAACGAACGAUUAUUUGCUGGUAUUUUAUUCCUGUUCCAUAAUCACAUGAACGUUUUAAUCUACUUGUACUAUGCAUUGUAAAUAUAAGAUAUUUUCUUAUGAAAAUAGAAGGUGUGAUGACUAA